CUAGCUAGCUAUAUAAGGACCCGAUCCACUGAUCAUUACACAGCAGACACGAGCUAGCAGAACUACAAAGUGUACAAGUAAUAAGCACCUAUCAGAUCGACCAUGGCGGAUGGCAAGGCUAAUUUGCUCCUUGUUGCAAUCGUGGGCUGCCUCUGCCUCUGCAGCACUGCUGUUCUAGCGGCUCGGGAGCUCGGCGACGCCGACAACGCCAUGGCGGCGAGGCACGAGCAGUGGAUGGCGCAAUUCGGCCGCGUGUACAAGGACCCGGCAGAGAAGGCUCACCGGCUGGAGGUGUUCAAGGCCAACGUCGCCUUCAUUGAGUCCUUCAAUGCUGAAAACCAUGAGUUCUGGCUCGGUGCCAACCAGUUUGCUGACCUUACUAACGACGAGUUCAGGGCCAGCAAGACCAACAAAGGCAUCAAACAAGGUGGAGUUAGAGACGCUCCUACGGGGUUCAAGUACAGCGAUGUCAGCAUCGAUGCGCUUCCGGCGAGCGUUGACUGGAGGACCAAAGGAGCCGUCACUCCUAUCAAGAACCAAGGGCAAUGUGGCUCCUGCUGGGCGUUUUCAGCCGUGGCUGCAACAGAAGGCGUGGUAAAACUGAGCACCGGUAAGCUUGUCUCGUUGUCGGAGCAAGAGCUCGUUGACUGCGACGUCCAUGGCGUGGACCAGGGCUGCAUGGGUGGCUGGAUGGACGACGCCUUCAAGUUCAUCAUCAAAAACGGCGGCCUCACCACCGAAGCCAACUACCCGUACACCGGAGAAGAUGACAAGUGCAAGAGCAACGAGACCGUCAAUGUCGCCGCCACCAUCAAGGGGUACGAGGAUGUGCCGGCCAACGACGAGUCUGCCCUGAUGAAGGCCGUCGCGCACCAACCUGUCUCGGUGGUCGUGGACGGAGGUGACAUGACAUUCCAGCUCUACGCCGGUGGAGUGAUGACGGGCUCGUGUGGAGUUGAGAUGGACCAUGGGAUCGCGGCGAUAGGGUAUGGCGCGACGAGCAACGGAACCAAAUACUGGCUGAUGAAGAACUCAUGGGGGACAACAUGGGGCGAGAAAGGGUUCCUGAGGAUGGCGAAGGACAUCCCCGACAAGAGGGGCAUGUGUGGCCUCGCCAUGAAGCCUUCCUACCCCACGGAGUAGUAUUACAAAAAGUACAGUACUACCACAAACUUGUCCACGUCAUCAAAUAAUCUUCUUAUGGAAGUAUUCCGUUGUGCACAAUACUAUUAUGUUUAUCAUUCUGUAAACUCUUGAACAUCAUGUAAAUAUCACAGUUGGAUGAAGAAAGGGUCGUCAACUUUUUACUUGAA